AUGUCACAAGCAGCUAAACAAGGAAUUAAAAUCCUGGAAUUUGCAGGUAAAGACGGGGCCUAUAAGAGAAGGGCAUCCACAUUCAGAAGCGCUGUUUCUUCUAAACCGGGAUCUCAAUUCACGGCAGAAGCUGGAAGAUACCAUGUGUACAUCAGUCUUGCCUGUCCAUGGGCUCACCGUGUAUUGAUUUACCUGCAGACAAAGGGUCUCAUCAAGAAUUUCAACCCUGUUGAUUCUACCGUUUCAAAGGACUCAAUUAUCGGCCUUAGCGUUGUCCAUUGGCACAUGGACUCUAAAGGUUGGAGAUUCCCAAGCAGUGACGAUAAGUGUGAUGCUGCUACUGAGGAACCACUGUACGGGUUCAAGAGAAUCUCUGAGCUGUACUUCAAAGCGGACCCAAACUAUGAGGGGAGAUUCACGGUCCCUGUAUUCUGGGAUAAGAAGACGCAAACCAUAGUUAACAACGAGAGUUCUGAAAUCAUCAGAUUCUUGAAUGCUGAGUUUAAUGAUCUUAUCGAGGAUCCAAGCCAGAAGGCACUUAACUAUUUACCAAAUGACCUGAUUCCAAAGAUUGAUGAAUUGAAUGAGCUCAUUUAUGAGAAUAUCAACAAUGCUGUUUACAAAUCCGGUUUCGCUUCAAAGCAAGAAGUUUACGAGACUGAAGUGAAGAACCUAUUCGAGCAUUUGGAUAAAGUGGAGGCCAUUCUCAAGAAGAACAACUCAAACGGAAUCAAAUACCUCUUGAACAAUGAAUUGACCGAAGCUGAUGUGAGAUUAUUCACAACCAUCAUCAGAUUUGAUCCAGUCUACGUUCAACAUUUCAAAUGUAACAUUGGUAUGAUCCGUUUUGACUAUCCACAUCUACACAAAUGGGUCAGGGAGAUUUAUUGGAAUGAGCCAUUGAUCAAAGAUACUUGUAACUUUGACCAUAUCAAAUUCCACUACACGAAAUCUCACGUUGCUAUUAAUCCACAUGGUAUCACACCAUUGGGCCCUGUUCCAAACAUAUUGCCUUUGAAGUAA